AUGGAGAGAACAACUAAGCAACGGAACAAAGCUUCGCGAAACACGGAUGCGGAAAAUGCAACGGCUAAUCAGGAGGAUGAGAAAGAAGUGCGAAGGGAGAAUUCCAGCAACACGUUCAAGUACUACUUUAAUAGAUUUAGGUACUACCAUUACUGCUUUGCUGAGAAAUUGGACAGUUUGAUUGGACUCGUGUGCCGGACAAUAAUCAGGAUUUAUGUUUUUUUAAUGGGUUGGGACACGCAGCUUGGACAAAACGAAGAAAUUAUGAACCUGAUAGAUGUAGAUUAUGAAUAA